AGUUUCAAUUAAUAUUUCAGACAUAACUUUACCGCAACGUAUAUUAUAUACCUCUCUUUUAAUUUAACAAGUAAUAAGGUUAAAAAAAGGUUUUACUAGGUUCUUUUUAAGUUAAGUCUGGCAGCCCCAUGCCUCUGUUGUCACUGUCAGUUUGUCGUCGACCAAGCAAUGAAUGAAGCAAGCAAGUGUCAGUCAUUGAGUUCAGUUAGUCUGUCACUCAUCUCGUCGGUUUUGCUUGUUUUUAAGUUUCGUACUCUUUCGUGUUUAAAAGCACUAAUGUGAUCAAACUGUAAUACAUAAUUGUAAAAGUUUCGACUAUGCGUUCUACUAUGCCUUUGACAAAAUUUAUCUCUACGCCUAGUGUUUUUUUUUAAUAAGUAUGUUAGUGAUGUGUAAAUCUGUGAACAGGUGACUUCCUACCAUAUGUUUGAAUUGGUACGGCACAUUCUCCCUCAAUCACCAUUUACGAAUACCUCUCAACAUAGUGUGGCGACACAACAGUUUUAAAUGAAAGGUAAAAGUGGGGUGUACACCGUUCAGAUGAAUAAAAAUGUCAACAGAAGGCAGUGGAGAGACACCUGCUACAGUGCCGUGUUUACCUGGGGCACCAGAACAAACCUAUCUGUUCCCGAAAGCGAAAGGGCACUCGAGAUCUAUAAGUCAUGGAGGGACACCGAUGCUCGCGGGAAACCCCGCAGCGCCGCGACCGUCCCUCAAGUCAGCCAUGCGCGGGCACCAGCGCGCGCUGUCGCACGGCCAGAUCGGCGAGGGCGGACGCCCCGCCUCCGGGCCCGGCCACAGCCGCACCGGCAGCCGCACGGACUUCAUCCUGCCGCCGGGACACCGCGAGCCGCCCGCCGCCAGCGCGCAGCCCCGGCUCGCCUCCGUGCGCAUGCAGCACUCGCGGCAGGCGUCCCGAUCAGACUCCAUCUACACUAUUCGACGCACAUCAGUGGUGUCUCCAUGGAGAAGAGCUGCAUUCUGGUUACUGAGGAGACAGCAGCCAACUGUUGAUAACCGCCACCUCAUAGUCACCCCUAAUCACCUGGUGCCUGACAAAACGCCACCCAAAGACCACCCUAAUGGGAACCGAUGCGACAAUAAAAUUAGGACUACAAAAUAUACUCUGCUAUCAUUUCUACCGAAGAACUUAUUUGAACAAUUCCACCGGAUUGCCAAUGUGUACUUUAUAUUUAUAGUGUUGUUGAACUGGGUGCCUGCCAUCAGUGCAUUUGGUAAAGAGAUAGCGAUGCUGCCAGUUUUGUUUGUGCUUGGUGUGACUGCUGUCAAGGACUUGUUUGAAGACCGCAGGAGACACAAUUCUGACAAAAGAAUAAACAACUCAUUCUGUAGAGUCUACAAAAAAUCGGCGGAGAGGUACGUGCGAGUGAAGUGGAGAGAAGUGCGGGUCGGCGAUCUCGUCCACCUGUCGAACAACGAGGCGGUGCCGGCGGACAUGGUGCUGCUGCAGUCGUCGAGCCCGCUCGGCGUGUGCUACCUCGACACGUGCAACCUGGACGGGGAGACCAACCUCAAGCAGAGAAUAGUAGCGCCCGGCUUUAAAGAAAAGCAAUCGGAAUUCAGUCCAUUAAAAUUCAGAAGCUCGGUGGAAGUGGAGCGACCAUCGACAAAAAUAUAUAGAUUCACCGGCUGUAUAUCACACCCUAACGGGGAACGAGUACCGCUAACCUCAGAGAACCUUCUAUUGAGGGAUUGUACGAUAAAAAACACAGACUACGUGGAAGGCAUCGUCGUGUAUGCGGGCCACGAGACCAAGGCGAUGCUCAACAACGGAGGACCAAGGUACAAGUGUUCCGGCUUGGAGAGGAAAAUGAACACAGACGUCAUAUGGUGUGUCUUAGUGCUACUAUUUCUUUGUUGCGCCGGCGCAGUCGGAUGCAAAGUUUGGUUGGACGAGUACUACCUUUCCCUAUACAAGUUUGUACCCUUCAUAACGAACGUGAACAAACCGGCGUACGAAGGAUUGUUAAUAUUCUGGACGUAUAUAAUAGCGUUACAAGUAAUGAUACCGGUGUCGUUGUACGUCACGAUAGAGAUGACGAAGUUGCUGCAAGUGUACCACAUACAUCAGGACAUCGAGAUGUACGAUCCACAGACGAAUACAAGGACGGAAUGUCGAGCGUUGAACAUAACUGAGGAGUUGGGACAGAUCAGUUACUUGUUCAGUGACAAGACGGGUACGCUUACGGAGAACAAGAUGGUGUUCAGGCGGUGUACGGUGAGCGGCGUGGACUACGACCACCCGAACGGGCCGCCCGCCGAGCCCUGUCCCGAACUGCCGCCGAUCGUCACGCCGAUCACCAACGUGUCGCCGAACCGACGGAUGCUGCAACAUCUACUUGAUAGCAAUGACGCCCAACAUACACAAAAGGUCCGCGAGUUCCUCCUGAUCCUGGCCGUGUGCAACACCGUGGUGGUCAGCCAGCCGCACGUCGACAACACUCAGAUCAGCGGCUCCAACUCUAACAGCGAUCAGUUCCCGUCUGGGAAACCCUCGCGGUCCAACGGAACGCUGCGAUCGAACGACAAAUACGCUCGACUGACGGAGUCUCGAUCAACCACGCCAUCGCCGCCACCAUCAUCGGGCUCCCCUCUUAGGAUACGCCUUCCAAAGCUGAUGUUUAGCAACAAAGAGGAAUCCAGUAUUCCAAGUACUUCUGUAGAUCAUGCAUCAACGUUGGCACGUUUCGAAGCGGAGAGUCCGGACGAGCUAGCGCUCGCGGAGGCAGCGCUGGCGUACGGCUACGAGCUGCGGAACCGCGCGCCCGACGAGGUGGAGGUGGGCAUCCGCGGCGAGCUCACCAAGAUGAAGGUGCUGCGGGUGCAGCAGUUCGACGCGAACAGGAAGUGCAUGUCCGUGGCUAUGAGGACGCCUAAUGGACAGGUGGUUCUAUACGUAAAAGGCGCCGACACCACAGUCCUAGGAGCGCUUACACCGAUGCGGGCCGGUUCAGCAGAAUCGGCCGCUUACGAAAGAACCCGCUCCUUACUGACGGAGUACUCCCGAGCAGGUCUACGUACACUGGUCAUGGCCAAACGUACUAUGCAGCCGGCUUUAUGGGAAGAAUGGCUUGCUGGUCACAAUCGAGCAUCCGAAAUGGGCGAAGGUCGAGAAAAGCGCGUCCGAGACUCUCUAGCCCGGUUAGAAAGUGCACUGUCAUUGGUCGGGGCUACAGGAGUUGAAGAUCGGCUACAAGAAGACGUGCCACGGACAGUGCGAGCGUUGUUAGACGCCGGCAUCGUCGUGUGGGUACUGACGGGGGACAAGCCGGAGACUGCCAUCAACAUAGCCUACUCCGCCGCGUUGUUCUCGCAGAGCGAUAGGCUGCUGCAUCUCAUGUCGAGAGAUAAGGAGCACGCGGAGUCGACCAUCAAGAGCUACCUGUCGGGCGAGGCGGGCGCGGGCGGCGGCACGCGCGCGCUGGUGGUGGACGGGCGCACGCUGACGUACAUCCUGGACCGGCGCUCGGGGCUGGUGACGCCCUUCCUGUCGCUGGCGCGCCGCUGCUCCGCCGUGCUCUGCUGCCGCGCCACGCCGCUGCAGAAGGCGUACAUCGUCAAGGCAGUGAAAGAGGAGCUGGGCGUCACAACGCUGGCGAUCGGGGACGGCGCCAACGAUGUGUCCAUGAUCCAGACUGCCGAUGUCGGCGUCGGUAUAUCGGGCCAGGAGGGUAUGCAAGCGGUAAUGGCAUCUGACUUCGCGGUAUCAAGGUUCAAGUUCAUAGAGCGACUGCUGUUGGUACACGGGCACUGGUGCUACGACCGCCUCGCCAGGAUGAUACUCUACUUCUUUCUUAAGAAUGCCACCUUCGUGUUCCUAGUGUUCUGGUACCAGAUGUACUGCGGGUUCUCGGCGAUGGUGAUGAUCGACCAAGCUCACCUCAUGUCGUACAACCUAAUGUUCACCGCGCUACCGCCCAUCGUUAUUGGUGCAUACGACCGCGUAGCUCCAGCGGCGUUACUAAUAGAACGUCCGGGACUAUACAACGCGGCGCGGCGCGGCCUCGCCUACCGCGCGCACUCGUACUGGGCCGUCCUGGUCGAGUGCAUCUACAUCAGCGUCGUCAUCUUCUUCACCGCCACCUUCGCCUACUGGGACACCGAGGUCGACAUGUGGUCGUACGGCGUCUGCUGCAUGACCUGCUGUCUUGUCAUCAUGCUGCUCUACGUUGCUAUUGAGACCAGGAGUUGGACGGUGAUCCAUUUGAUGGCGCUGGCGGGCUCGUUGAUAGCGUUCUUCAUUCUGACGCUAGCCUUCCAGUCCAUCCCGGGGUCUGUCCUGAACAUGCCCUCCACGUACCACGUGAUGCUGCACGCGAUCCAGCAGCCCGUCUACUGGCUGGUUGUCGUCAUCACCACUGUGGCUGCUUUAGCUCCUAGGCUGGCGUACCACGGUAUCCGCAACUCGGUGCAGCCGGGCACGCUGGGCCGCGCGGUGGCCGCCCGCCGCCGCGCGCGCUCCUUCGCCGCGCACUACCGCUCCGCGCCGCCGCACGCCACGCUCUACCGCAGCGCGACUGACGAGGAUGGUUUGGCGAAGCCGCAACCUGAGGUGGUAGCCAUCACUUGACGACGGGCCCUCGCCUGCCGCGCCGCCCCGCCCCGCCCGC